AUGCAGCAAAAUCCGCAUGAGAAUUCACCUCCGUCUUCACCUAAAAUGAGGACAGGAGGAGGAGAGAAAAUUACUUCAAGUACUGUAGUAAUUCCCCCACCUACUUCAACUACUCUACCACACACUUUCGACACGAAGGGCAUUUCUGAUUUUGAAUCACUACCGGUUUCUUCUUCUCUUUAUCGAAGGAGACGUGACGAGAAGAAGAUGUCCAUAACAACUGCAGGAACGACAGCUAGUAGCAGUCGACCUGAGGAUGAGGAAGAAGAUUCUGAUGUCGACACACUCCUCAUGGAAAGUCCUACAGCUACUGGGAACGAUGGACACAGGCAGCGGGUUACCUCUUCUCUCCGGUUCGGCACCAAUCGAAGUGGUUACUCAGACUCUGGAAUAUUUGAUACGAGUUCACCAGGAAGCACUGCAACUCAUUCUCUAGCCAGGAGUACAACAAGUUCUAAAAAACGACCCAGUGUACGACCCGUGGUAAGGGACAUGUAUUCCGAGUACACAACCUCAACUCCUCUACCGGAGAGAGCUGUAAAACGAGCAAGAACAGUCCUUUCAACAGCGUCUAUUAGUUUGAAACCAGCUCUGGAUGCGUCCAGUAGCACUGAUGAUUUCUAUUAUCCCUUGGAUGCCUCAGUCUUACUACCAACCCAGAGAGCUACUCCUCUAGUUGUUCACCGAGCAAAUAUUUCAACUCCAACCCUUCUUCCUUAUUCGACCACAGAUGCAUAUACCCAACCAACAGGGAACGACCAAGAGACCCAAACUGUUAUUAGUACUAUCGAGAUUCCUGAAUCCAAGCCAACAAAAACUAAACGAAAAAGCGUAACAAAGCGUUUCACACUUUUCCGAUCUGGUAAAACAAGUACUCAUCAUCAACAACAACAACCAUUGGCAGCACACAAAACUCUUAGUGCACCUAGCGACCAAUUGCUUUCUGAGCACACAACUGAAUUUAGCACUUGCGGCGCACAAGCACCCACGGGUAUCAUUCUAGUUAAGUCUACUGCAGCAGUAGCAGCACCAGGUUUACCCAAUUUUGCUGCCGGAGCCGCUGCAACUGUAAUGAAUGAAAAGCCAGACAAAGCGGGGGAGAGAGUGCUACAAGCAGAGGGAGACUUACAAAAUUCCGCCAGUGUGACACUUCCCGGAGGUUUCGAAGCAAGUGCAGACAGCAAGUCCUUGGAAUCCCCUCACUCAGGAGAUGAGAGUGCUGACUCGUUGGAGGCUAGCUGGUAUCAACCUCAUCUCCGCCACAGUGCCAAAGCCAAACGAUUCCACAAAAAGGUUCGACGGAAGCUUAAAGAUGGCGCAGAAUCUCAUGGAACAGAAGGAACGGAAGGGGAGCGUGAAAAAAUUGAAAGUGAUCAAAAAGAAGAUUUGGGUAUUCAGGCUGAUAUUGCCCCGGUUGCUAUCCCUACAACGGAAGUUCCCUUAAGGCUUGAACCUGCACUUCCAAGAGAAGUAGAAUUAAUUCUAGCUGAACAGAAAACUGCUACUGCACAAAUUCAAUUUGAACCGCCGAGCUCUCAUGAGUCUAAAGGGCUCUUCCCAAAGAAGUCUAAGUUAAAGAAGCGUUCAAAGAAGCAUAAAAGAUCUGAUAGAGUUAUCCCCACUUCUUCUACUGAAUAUGAAACAUCAGCUCCUCGAAUGCGCCAGCCAAGUAAGAGUGCAACAAAUGAACACCCAUUACGUCAGACCUGGCACCACACAGAAGCGACAGUGAGCCCUAUCUCUGAAGUCGAUCAAUGUACACCACCUCCACCUCCUAUUCCAAGACAUUUAGAUGAUGAAAUUACAGAAUGGUUAGCUCGUGCUUACCAAUCGCACUAUGCGGAGGGAUCACCGCUUAGAAAACCACGUCCGUGGAGCACAUUAGAUUUUCCUCCGAGAAAUUGCACUUUCCUGAAUGAUGACUACCUCUUUCCCUACUCUAUCACUCCAACUAAACUACCCAGUUGCCAAUGGAAGAGCGAUAAAGAAUACAACGUCCCAUACAUAGAUGAUGAUGCUUUACCAUUAGAUGAACCAGAAUGGGCUCUUGGUGAAUCUCGCCGAACAUUAACCCUGACCUCCGCUGAUGCAGACUUCUGGCGAACUGCAAUUGCUGAGGAGGAGAAAAGUGAUGCUUCCGGUGAAGGUGCUUGGGGUUUGAAAAAGCAUUCAAAGAAGUACAGAAGUUUGGUACCUUUCCAUCACAAAGACAGGAGCAAUAAAGAGCAACGGGCAAUUCGAAGACCAAUGUUGCUGAAUCCCCCGGCUGAAGGUACUAGUCAGUGUUUCCGUACGAAACUGGACUCAGCGCAACAUCAGGAAACGCCACAAACCCACUACUAG